AUACAAAGUUGAGGAAAAGCUGAGACUCAAAAGAAACAGAGUGAAAGCUUUGCUGCAUUAUCAUUAGAAGCUUCCAUAAAUUAAAAUUACAGAAACAAACAAAGAAAACUAAACUAAACCCACUUCAGUUUUCAUGUAAUACAAUCUUAAUCCAUAUAAAUAUUCCUCCGCAAUUCCCAUAUUCUUUGAACUUUUUCAGUCAACAUUUCUGGAAAAAGGAAAAAAAAAAAAACAGAGUUGAUUGAUGGGGAGUUAUAGGAUGUGUGUGUGCUUUACUAGGAAGUUCAAAGUCACCGAGGCAGCACCACCAACGGACGUUAAAGAUGCAUUUAACAGGUACGCUGAAGGCGGCCCCCAUAUGACGGCGGAGCAGCUGCAUAGGUUCUUGGUGGACGUGCAGGGGCAAGGCUUUGCAACGAAGGGUGAUGCAGAGGGGAUUGUGCAGCAGCUGCUGCAGAAACGACAUCAUAUGGCUAAAUUCAGGAGACACGCUUUAACUCUUGAUGAUUUCCAUCAUUACUUGUUUUCUGCAGAUCUAAAUCCGCCCAUUGGCGAUCAGGUCCACCAUGAUAUGACUGCUCCCUUGUCCGAUUAUUUCAUAUACACCGGCCAUAAUUCAUACUUGACUGGGAAUCAGCUGAGCAGUGACUGCAGUGAUGUCCCAAUCAUAAAGGCACUGAAGAGAGGUGUAAGAGUUGUGGAGCUUGAUAUAUGGCCAAAUUCCACGAAAGAUGAUGUGCAUGUUCUACAUGGAAGGACUUUGACAACUCCUGUGGAACUCAUUAAAUGUUUAAAAUCUAUUAAAGAACAUGCUUUUCGUGCAUCUCCAUAUCCUGUUGUGAUUACACUUGAAGAUCACUUGACUCCAGACCUUCAGGCCAAAGUUGCUCAGAUGGUUACUCAAACGUUUGGGACAAUGUUGUUUUGCCCUGAUUCUGAAUGCUUAAAAGAACUUCCUACACCGGAGAAGCUGAAGUAUCGGAUCAUUAUUUCGACCAAACCUCCCAAAGAGUACCUUGAAGCUGAAAGUAACAAGCGGAAAAUGAAUAAUUCACAUAAUGUGAAGGAGUCUGAUGAUGAUGUUUGGGGUAAAGAACCAGCUGAGCUUACAGUUGAUCAAGAAGAUGAGAAGACUGAUAGUGAUGCAAGCGAGAACAAUCAGGACAAUGAAGAAACUGAUGCCUGUGAACCUGAAGUACGUCUUUCACGAGCACCAGCAUACAAGCAUCUUAUUGCCAUUCAUGCUGGAAAACCCAAGGGUGGGUUGAAAGAGGGACUAAAAGUUGAACCUGAUAAAGUUAGACGCCUUAGUUUGAGUGAACAAGCACUUGAAAAGGCUACUAUGUCUCAUGGAACGGAUGUUGUGAGAUUUACCCAGAAAAAUAUACUGAGAAUAUAUCCUAAGGGUACUCGAUUCAACUCCUCAAACUACAAGCCACUGAUUGGUUGGAUGCAUGGAGCUCAAAUGGUUGCCUUUAACAUGCAGGGAUACGGUAGGUAUCUUUGGCUGAUGCAUGGGAUGUUUAGAUCUAAUGGAGGGUGUGGUUAUGUGAAAAAACCUGAUUUUCUGAUGAACGUGAAUCCAAAUGGUUCGGUGUUUAAUCCAAAAGCAGACUUGCCUGUCAAGAAAACUCUAAAGGUGAAAGUCUAUAUGGGAGAUGGGUGGCAUUUAGAUUUUAAACAAACACACUUUGACUUGUAUUCUCCACCUGAUUUCUACACCAGGGUUGGCAUUGCAGGAGUGCCAGCUGAUGAAAUAAUGAAGAAAACAAAGAAAAAAGAAGAUGACUGGACACCUGUUUGGGAUGAAGAAUUUGUAUUUCCAUUGAGAGUUCCUGAAUUGGCUUUACUCCGAGUUGAGGUCCAUGAAUAUGACAUGUCUGAGAGAGAUGACUUUGCAGGUCAAACAUGUUUGCCAGUCUCCGAACUGAAGCCUGGGAUUCGGGCAGUUCCCCUCUUCAAUCGAAAGGGAGAAAAGUUCAACUCUGUUAGACUUCUUAUGCGAUUCGAGUUCAUUUGAGACUAUGAGUAUGAAGAUACGCCUUUAGCUUGGUUUAGAUUUUGGUUACUGUAACACAAAUCUCUUUACUUUCAGUUAGCUAGUUUGAUUUAGAACAAUGCUCCAGCUAUAAAAUAGUUACUAGCAGGCCAUGUUAUUCCA